UGAAAAGCGAUGCAACACCGUUGAUGGAUACUGUCAUCUUUUGAAAGCUGACAGAAGCUCACCUUUAAUAUGGCUUGUUGUAGCCAAGAAGAUACGUUUGUGAGCGCACUUGUGAAAUAUCUAUUAUUCUUUUUCAAUUUCGGAUGCUGGUUGUUUGGAGGUGUGCUGAUCGGGAUUGGUGUUUGGGCCUUUAUAGAAAAAAAUCGUUUUUACCACAAAGAGGUCCAGACAGUGUAUGACAUCAUCUUCGACCUUUCUGUCAUCUUUUUUAUCAUCGGAUUCAUCAUUUUCAUCCUCGGAUAUGCUGGUUGUAUCGGAGCUCUUAGAGAAAAUAUUUGUCUUCUCAAAUUUUAUUACAUAACGAUGAUCAUCAUAUUCCUGUUGCUGGUUGUGGGAGCUGUGUUAGCAUUCGUGUUCAGAGAUAAAGUCAAACAAAUCCUGGUUGAUGUCCUCCAACAAAAUCUUAUCACACGUUACCAAGAUGACCCAGACGGUCAGAGCACCAUCGAUUGGAUACAGGAAAAGCUAUACUGCUGUGGUGUGAAUGGUUACCGGGACUGGAACAGUAACCAGUACUUCAACUGUACUGAGGACAACCCGAGUCCUCUACGCUGCAGUGUGCCAUACUCCUGUUGUCGAGAUCCUGACGUUCUCACGCCUGGAGUGCCUAAUAUUUUAUGUGGCAAGGAUGUGUUAGAAGAGUCCGGAGAUAUCUCUAUAAUUUACACCAUUGGAUGUGUGGAUGCUGGAAUACGUCUGGCCGAGAAAGAACUCCCAAUUAUGGGGGGCAUCGUAAUUGGACUGGCUGUUCCUCAGUUAUUUGGGAUUUGCCUUUCACGACUACUGGAGGGGCAAGUGAUGGACCAGAGAGCAAGAUGGGCACAGACACACCAUGGGCACCAUCAGUAGUAAAUGCACCAUGAAAAUCGACAAAAGUCCAUGAACACCAUCAUUAAGUUCAGAUCAGUUACACCAUGGACGCAAGCAUAUUGUGAAGUCCAAUAUUUUCGUGAGUGUCAAAUUUCAUGGUUUUCUGACAAAACACCAUUUUGGUGGAUACAUGAAUUCGUUGACUAUGCGUACCCACUCAAACAGAAUUGCUCGACGUCAAACUUGCAAUUACCUCAUGGACUUAUAAAUACGUGGAUGGAGAUUACCCACGAAAUGAACGAAAUUACAAUCCCCAUAAAAAUUAGUGAUUUCACAGUAUGCCAUUACAGACACACAAUGGUCACCAUCAGUAAUCUACAUUAGACUCAAUGUAGACACCAUCAAUCUGACACUCAGCAUCAUUAGACAAUAACAGACACACCAUGGUCUUCAACAUAAAUGAUAUGAACAAAAACGAUUCAAACCUUUUUUAGUUUAUCAGAUCUGUUACAUACAAUAGACAUUUUGUUCAAAUUAAGCAAAGCAACACCUUUUUACAUUGUAUGUUCCUGGUACCAGGUGAGGUCGAGGGGCUGUUGGGGACAUAAACAUAUCAAGUGUGAAAGAUAUUCUCAGUAGUAAGGCAUGUUUAUAACAAACUGAGAUGGAAGUUUGAAAUUGGUUCUAUUAAUAAAGGAACCCCAUGAUAAGUUAUAAAAAUAACUUUUAUUCAGUAAAUCAUGUUUAUAAGGAACCCAAGUCUAUGUGAUAACAAACAAUUAGCACUUUGCAAUAAAUUUUCCGUGUCGCAGGAAAGAAUUAACGGCGAAGCAUAUCUCCUUGAAUCUUCAUGUUACAAUAAGGUAAGGUAGCAAAUAAGAUAUUUCAAAUUUUACAACAGUAAGUUACAUACAUGAUCUAUUUUAAAAUUAUAUCAACUCUUGAUACUUUAAAAAGCAUUCAUUGAAACUCUUUCAUAAUGAACCUCGAAAAUUUGCUAGCUGUAGACUUAAUUCUCUAACUUUUGUUAAAAACAAGAUUUAAAAAUAAGCAUGUUUGUACCAGCACGUUUAUUGUAUAAAAACUAAUAUAAAAUGUGGUAAUCGGUGUUAACAGAAUCUUGAUUUAGACAUGCAUGUUAUCUAUUAAUUCUAAAUAUUGUGAUGAAUUCUAAACACAUUGUUAAUAGUAUGUAUUUGUAUUGAUAGAUGAUUCACAAACAAUUUAUCAUUAAAUUAAAUUUAAAAAAAACCGUUUUGAAUCUCGUGUACAAAUGGAUUGAAAGUGAUGCAGAGAAAGUUAUCUUAAGCAGCACUUUGAAUGAAACCGAUGUCAAUGAAACCUAUUUAUCUACAUGUGUAUAUUGAAAUCAUCAAAUUUAUCAAAGUGGCCUUUAUUACAUGUUAAAGCCAACAUUAAUGUGACUAAUGAAACAGAAAUAAAUUCAAUAAAUUCAAAAAAAAAAUGGACCAAUUAAUUUUACAUUAUUAUAUAGUUGAUUUGCAUUGUGCAAGCAACAUAAGGUUCACGAACAUUAAUCAUCAAGAAAUAGGGCAACUAUAAUUCAUUAGGUGUAAAUAUUCUGGUCAAAUGUUUUGAAUAUGUUCGUAUCGUCUCCCAAGACAUAAAUAAAUACCGACCUUCAUAAACCAUUACAUACCAGGCCAAUUUUACCAUCUUGAAACUUUCAUUGUGACAACGAAUUUUAGUAGGCGGCGUACACUAUAUAAUAAUUUCACGUGAAGGGCAAACUUUAACAGUGGGUAAAUAUGGAUUAUACCGAUGAAAGGCGAACAUUUCAUUAGGCGAAAGUUUCGUGGUGUAAAAAUAAUACUUCAAUAUUCCUGUUCUGUUUCAAUAACAUUUAAUUACUAAAUCAAUUAUACACCUGGUUUUUAUAUUUUUACAAAGUUUGUUUCAUACUAGUUUACAUAUUUUUUUAGUAUGUUCAUUGGAUUUUUAUAACUCUGUUAAAGAUGGAUAUGAACUGUUGUUUAACUCUGCUGAUGGAGCUUGUAUUGAAUAACAUUUUCGUGAUAUUACCAUUCCCUUUUGAUUAUACUAUUCUAUUACACAUUUGUUGUGUGUGUAUACACAGAUGUAUUAAUUAACCGCUUUCUAUCGAAAACAAUAAUAUUAAAAGAAAAACUAUCAUCAUAAGCAUUCCAUUUUUACCGUAGUUUUACUGAUAUUAGUGUUGAUAUGUAUUUAACAUUUAUGUAUAAAUGCUUAAUCCUCAGUGAUGUGGAAGUUGAUUUACAAUGGUCAGAGCUUGUCUAACAUGGAUAUGCUAAUCAGGCAUUGUACUUAAUCGUCAAUGGCCAAUCAAACGUGGUAGUCAGGAGUAAAAUUGUACUUAAUCGUCAAUGGCCAAUCAAACGUGGUAGUCAGGAGUAAAAAUCAUUGAAAGAUCUUCAAUAAUUCAUCAGUUGGAAAUAUUUAAUAAUAAGGUUUAAAUUUAUACACGAACAAGGAACGUAUUAAACGUGUCACAACGUUUCAAGACCGACUGGUCUCUUUGUCAAAUUAUGACUGAGUGAGCGAUUUGUAUUGUUUACCUGUAUGUACAUGCUGCAACGCUGUGACGAAAUGUCAUAUGUCACUCGCUCCGGGACGUUUUGCCUAUCGAUAGACAGUUACUUGUGCAAAGACUGACAUUCUAGAAAAUAAUAAUAUCAAUUCCGUGCAACAAUUUUUAGAAGUCAUCUAUUGAAAAACUGUGAGGAAACUUGUUACACGUCUGAAUGAACAUCAAAAGGGCGUAGAGAAAAUUAAAUGAGCAACACGAACUAACCAGAACCACGCGCAAAACAUCCGCCACCCAGUACAAUAAAUCGGCAUUAACAGAUCACGCUAACACCCAAAAUCACAUCGUCUAUUGGGACAAUGCAAAAAUAGUUGAAAGGGAACAACAUACCAAAAACGAGACAAAUCAAAGAAGCAAUUUAAAUCAGUAAAGCCCAAAACAUGAACAGAGACGAGUGGGACACCAGCUGGGUCAUCUGUGUGAACUUAUACUGACCCAACGGGAGAGUGGGCUAGAUCUACCCCCUACCUGUUACCUAUUCGAUAGAGUGUAUAUGCACUCUCUAUCGAUAGGCAACACGUCCCUGGUAGAGUGAUUUAAUUAUAAACAUACAAUGUCGUCACACCGUUGUAUAGGUAAACAAUACAAAUUACUUACUCUGUCAUAAUUUGGACCAGUUAGUCUUGAAACAUUGCAACACGUUUACUACGCACAUUGUCUGUAUAAAUAAAACUUGAUAUAUCAUUGAGGGAUAUUGAUAUAAAUAGAUAAAUGAACAAACUUGGCCCUGAAUAUGUGUUUACUCAUUACAUUAUAUGCUGUCCAGGCAACAUAUAUACACAUUAUUUCAUUUAUCUACUAUGGUGGUUGAAUUUGCAACUUAUUUACGUUGCGGAAAGUGUAUUGAUAGUACAUGAAAAGGGUCUUUUGCCAUAGUUGUUGUAAUACUGACCGCUAUAUUGCUUAACUUAAACAGUAUAUCCUGCUGCUACAAAAAGAGCGAUGCCAAAAGUAAUUGUUUAGUGCAAGCAUUGAUCAUAAUAAAUACUUGUUAUAUUGUAUCUAGUCUGUUUAGUGUCAGUAACACAGCAUAAUUUUAGUUUUUAUUAUAAUAUAGCGAAUAUGUCAAUGAAAUUAACACAUAUUGUUGUCCUUUUUUUAUACUAUUGGCUGUUUAGUGCCAUGAGCACAGCAAUAUUUCGAUAUAAGUUACAAUGAUGGAACAUUUUCAGCAACAUUUUCGUAAAUAAUUAUUCUUUUUACGCUUUAGUAUGAUUAGUUCCUGCAAACUUUCAUUUCGUGUACAGUUCCAUACAUGACUCUUGUUGACGCCAGUACACGUAGUACAGCGAUUGUUUAUGUUUAUAUAAUUAAGCAAGAACGUCAGAGACAUUUACACGGAUUAUUUUACAUAUUUUACUCUAGUCCUCUCAGUGUCAUUAUCACUGCAGGUAAUGCAACGCACAUUUAUUUUGUGUACUAAUGCAGCAGGUGGAAAGACGCUUGCCCUUUUAUUUCACCGAGUAAUGUGGAAAAAACAACAUAUUCGCUCUAGGUGUUUUACUGGUACAGUGUAUAACAGAAAUGUCUGCGGUCAAUGGCAUUGGCACAUUAGCAUAAAUUAAUCUCUAGUCAGUUUAGUGGCAAUAAUACAACCAACGUAUUAUGUAAUAGUAAUAUAUUAUUUUAAGUGAACAGUGUCGAACCUUAUUUUAUUUGACUACUGUCUUCCUGAUGCCUGUAUCACACGUUUAGUUUAUAUUUUGCUUGUCUCUAGUCUAUCGAGUGUCUGAAAUAAUAUAGUGCUGGUUUAGUGAUAUUUUCUGGAUGUCUCUCCAGUGCCAAAAACAUAUGAUGUUAGUCUAGUAUGUGCGUUUAACACCAAUUAAAUAGCACAGUAAUACCUUAUUUCAGAGAUCCAUACAUGCAGUAUGAUCAGAGACGUAUAAUACGUCUCUGGUAUGAUGUAAUAUUUGUCGUUGAAAAAAUGUUGGGGGAAUACAUAACUCGAGUUAUAAUAAAGAAUGUUUCCCACCAAAAUACACACAAAAAAUAUCUUCUACUACUGUACAGGAAACAAAUAUUUGAGGUACUUUUAUGUCUUUUCGGUAUCUAUUUGCCGAAGUGACCUACCUCAUCCAGUCAUUAACACUUUGUAAAUUAGACUGUUUUGGACGUCCAAUAUUUGUCUCUUGAUGCCCCGAUUUCAUUUCACCAAGUUUAGCUGAUGUCAUAAUUUUUAACUGCUGCAGCCAGUGGCCGUGUUCUUGCUGUUAAGCGUUGAUUAAACAACAGAACUAUAGAACUAGAUCGAUAAUUUUCUACUGGUUCAUACUCAUUUUUUAUAUUCAAACAAACCUUGUGCGUGAAUGCGUAUAAAUGUGUUAUACGCAUUAACGCACAAGGUUAGUUUGAAUAUAACAAAUGGGUAUGAACCAGUAGAAAAUGUCUUUACAUUGCAGACGUGGCAGAAUAUGAUUUUCUCGGUCUAGUUCUAUAUAUCUAUAGUUCUGUUGUAGUGCAGUGGCGGAUCCAAAGGGGUUCUUUUGGGUUUCAGGAAACCCUCCAGCCUGAGAAUUUUCAUUAAAAGUCAUGUAUUUUCACAAUUUUCCUCAAUUUUCCCCUACAUUGAGUACAUUGAGUCGCCCUUUUCGUGUAAGAUUUUCGGAAUGAAGGUCAGGAUGUCAAAUGUUAUCUUUCAAAAAGAUUUAUAUAAUAAUGACUAUACAUGUACUUAAUAUUUUCAUUUUAGGUAUGUUUUAAGCAAUUCUGCCAACAUUUCUGAAAAGAAAUAUUAGAUUUUAUUGUCAAAUUGUUUACAUAUUAUACCGGUAUUACCUGUACGUGUAGGUACCUCAUGUAACACACAUGUUGGUCAAACUCACAUUCUGUGUCUUUAAAUAUCACCUAUUCCGGCACACACUUAACCACAUACUGUCUCUAACACGACUUUGUAUACACAGCUAGUUCCUCUGAUUUAACUUUGCAAGAUCUGUUUUACAAAUGACAUCCCAAAUCUACGUAGACGUUUUGUAGCUAUUGAACUCAAUUUUCUGAAUUGGAUUUCCAUUACUUGAUCUUACCCACCAGAUUCAUUCCAUAGUAAUACUCAAUCAUAUUCGAGAAAACCAACGAUUCCUUUUAAAAAAUACAAUUUCACAGUUCUACAUUCAAUGUAGCCUCUCAGUUUAAACACUUGUAUACUAUAUGUGUAUUUACAUAUUAGCUGCGGUGAUAUAUCUGCUUAUCUACAUUUUAUAUAUUAUUUGAAUGUAUGACUCAAACGUCUUCAUUUAUGUUUUUUUUAUAUAACUUUUUACCUUGGAACAAGUUUAAAUAAAACUCGCGAUUUCGAUACGUCUCUCCUCAAUUAUGUAGUAAACUGAAUACAUAAUUUUUGACUGAUCUUAUGUCAUCGACAGUAGCAUAAUAAAGAUGAAAUGAAAAUAAAAUAAUUGCUUUAUAAGAGAACGUAUUAACAGGCUUGAGAAAAAUAUUGUCAAGGGGCUCUAAAAGACGAGGCCUUGGUUACAUGAUAUUGGUUUGUAUUAAGCAACGUGUUAUUCUAAGAUAUUUCGUUUUGCCAUAAGCAAACAGGUCAUAUUGUGUUAUUACGUUCCUGUUGAUAUGGAAAGGAGAGAUAUUGCGAACGUUUUGCUAGUAUUUUUUACAUGUAUCAACAAUUACCACUAUUGCGCCGAAAGGAAAUGAUGACGUGGCAUCACCAGCAAUGUCAGUACCCGCUGGUCAUAUUUGUUUUUUAAAUCCAUCGGUUAUUUCUUAUUUAAACCAGUUAAGAGCUGUGACUGACAUUUAGUAAAAUCUUGUCCCAAGGAAGGUUGUUAAUUGUGUUUUAGGAAAAGAAAACUGAAGAACUCGUUUAUAAUUUAAAUUGAUAUAAGAUAACAUAUGGGUGAUGACAUGUAUUGAAUGUGCUGACCACAUGGGUGGUCCGGUCUACUAAUUACGUUGAUGUGUACCAAUAGAUGAUACGCGGAUGCUAAAUCUAGACGCUCUAAUCAUAUAUUCCCUCUAAAGGCGCUAUUAAAGGGAAUGUUGUAGUCACAUUUCAUACUAUAAGAUUCCGGUUUUGCACUAAGCAAUAUUACCUUUGUAUGUUGCAUGUCUCAGUUGAUGUUUGCUGUAAAUUUGAGCAUUUAAUAUAUCCACAGAUAUUUCGUUUUUGAAUCUCAUGAAUUAUUUUAUUUGAGGUACUUAAAUGCUGUAUAGUAUUGCUGUAAACUAUGUGUCAUAUAAUACACAAGUACAUGGGAUAUCAGCGUGAGUAAUACCAUCUCUGCGUAUCGGGGGACAACUGUAUCAAUUAUCCUAUAUAAAUCCUUUCUUAUAUAAAUGGUUUUAAUUUAAGAUAAAAGUUCAACGUCGCUAACCAAUUAUCAACUUUAAUGGUUAAAAAUACAUCUGAUAUAUGUUUUGAAGCGUUGUCUCUUCCAUAAUUCUACCAACAAGUGUUAACAGGUAGGUGACAUACUAAGCUCACUCUGAUAUCCCCAAGUGGAGGGCAAAGGGCAGACUUUUACAUACCAUGACAUAUUCAGGGCAGUCUUUUUAUGGACUGUAGUGUACAUGUACAUCAUUUAUAAUAAAAGAGUUAAACAAUA